CACAGAGCCGUCACCAUUGUGGAUUUGUGGCUUUUCAAUGCCAAUGAAAUAAGAACUCGGCGCUUUAGAGAUUUAUUGUGGAUUAUCCAAGAAAGACGAUCUCAAUCCCUAAUCUCACCAAAUCUAAUCAGAGUAUAGUCGAUGAAGAAGAAGAAGAGCAACAAUGGUUUUGAGUUCUGCGAGGUCUGCAAGCUGAACCACAACCAAGGCAAGAAGCACAAAUAUAUCCCCAACCACAAGAAGUCGCUGGAGGCGGUCCUCACUCGGUUUCGAUCUAAACUCGUCGACCUCCGCUUCUUCCUGAAGAACCCUACCCCUCUCCGCCCUGACCAGGCCUCUCCCAAUCGGCUCUGGUGCAUCUUCUGCCAACUUGAUAUUCUUGAGCUCCACAGCUUCCUCACCGGUGAAAAUGCAAUUGCGCAUCUGGCUAGCGAGGAUCAUUUGAAGAAAUUGAAAGGAUUCCUAUGGAAAUACGGGGGUGGAAUGGACAAACUCGAUUUUUUCCGGAUUACAGAGGUUGAUUUUGCUAAGUGGAGAAAAGAGUGCAUGACAUCAAAGAAUGUGGUUGCUAGCGAAGAAUCUUACGGACUAUUACUUGGACCAUCAAAUGAUAUCCAUAAUGAAUUGAACUCUGGCUAUGUAAAUUGUGUUGCAAUAGAUAAUAUGCAUGCUGAUAAUAUUAACUUUUCAAAUUGUGUUGUGCCUUUACAAAAUCAUACUUAUGAGAGAUCUCAGAUAUACGAUUCAGAGUUACCAAUCACAUGUGGUGGUAACAUGGGCUCAGAAGGCAAGGCCAAUUCGUCAUGCGUCAUUAAUUCAUCUAAGUAUGAGGUUACCAAACGAUCAACACCAUUGUUUCCAACUGCAAACUUAUCUUCUCAUCCUCCCUUCAAUGGAUCUGUACCCCUAUAUGAGAAAACUGCCAAACGGGAAACCACUUUAGAAAUUUCUACAUCAGUGCAAGAAGACAUCAUAGGGAAUGUUCAUUCUGGUGCGCCUCCUCCUUGGCUAAAUGUUAUUCAACAAAAUCAACCAGAUUUUGUGUCAAAGUCUGGUGAAAAUUUCCUUCACUCAGUAUAUCAAAAGAGGAAAUCCUCUAAACUAAACCCAAAUCGGGUUGGUGCUGCUUGGGCUGAAAGAAGAAAACUUGAGAUGGAGUUGGAGAAGAAAGGAGAAGUUGUAAUGAACAAUGCUGAUGCAAAAUGGCUCCCCAAUUUCGGGAGAGUUUGGCAAUCGGGUAGUAGGAAGGAAUCAAGAAAGGAAUUUCAGAUGGAAAACAAGCCGUCUGGGAUAUUAGAAAGCCAAUCUCAGAGUGUAAUUCAACUACAACCUUAUAUCAGCAAACGAAUGCGCAAGGAUUUGGGGGAUUUCACACUUGAGCAGCCUUGCAGUUCUGAGUAAAAGCAUCCAUAUCAAAUGGUAACUUGGCUAGGAAACGAAUACAUGUUUGAGUCUAUAUCAAAUGGUACUUGGCUAAAAGCAUUUAUGUAUAUAGGCUAGGACUAAAUGAUGUGGUACUUGGCUAGGAGACGAAUACAUGUUUGAAUAUUUUUUAUAGCUCUUCUGCCCAAUACCGUCUUGACUGUAUUAC